CGGAAAUGAAGCCAACCAACGUGACCUAUGAACUCUGUGUAUACGGUAAUGUGUAAAUCACGUUUGCGUGCAAAGCCAUUGUUGCAGCAAAGUGCUUAAAAAUAAGCAGCAUUUAAUGGGAAUAAACUGUUUAAUAUAACCGCGUAUCACAAAUGACUCUAUGCCAACCUGAGGGUAAGAAGACGAAACAAUCGCUCGAUAAGAAGCUCACAGUCUCACUGGCUGAUAAUCGCUCGUUCACUAGUGCAGUAAAGCAGAAAUGGAGUCCCAGCAGGAAGUGAACCCUGUAUUCCUGCAGCAGCUCAGAGAGUUGGACAUUCCCGAGGAAGCAGCCAAGCAGGCACUCUUACACACACAGAAUGUGUCUGCCGAAGAGGCCGCAAUGUAUUACUUUAACAAACUAGAGAAUGAGGAAGAGGGUGAUGAGGACUUGAUGUUCAAAAUGGUGUUUGUUGUAAAUAUGGAGCUGUCCAUGGGUGUUGGGAAGGUGGCGGCGCAGGUGGGUCACGCUGCAGUGGGUUUGUAUCAGGCCUUGCAGGAGAAGAACAGCUGGAGGGAAAUGGCCUGGAAAUGGGACCAUGCUGGGGCUAAGAAGAUUGUGUUGCAGGGCACUAACAUGGCACAUCUUUUGGAGUUGCAGGCUCUUGCCAUGAGCCUCAGUCUUCCUACAAAGCUGGUACAGGAUGCUGGACUCACACAGGUGGAGCCAGGCUCAUGCACUGUGCUGGCCAUCAUAGGUGAAGAGGAGAUGGUGAAUAAUGUCACAGGAAGUCUGAAACUGCUUUGAGGGAACUGCUGCAACGCUGACGGGGAAAAAAACUCAGAUGUACCACAGAAAGAGCAGGGGUCCGAGAUUGCCCACAGCAGCAUGGUUCGCCGCAAAAGGUGCACUCAGUAAUUUUUCUUUCCAUUUUGAUGACUCAUACUGACACCUUGUGACAUGGAUGCAUUUUUAUGCAAAGGCAAGUGUUUUCUGUUACUAAUACCAAGGAGUGGGCAAUAUACUGCAUACAUUAGUAUACUGCUAGCAAUUUGUCACCCCUUAUUACUAUUGAAGUUUCCUUUCUAUUGUGAUUAUGCCAAUGUUUCCUGCAGUGCUCACUCUCCAGCAUCACAACAUAAGAAACCAUGUUUUACCCCACUCGUGAAUGUGAGUUUGCAAGUUUUAUUUAACGUGACGUGAAACGGCUGUGUAUUGCAAAAUAAUGGCAUGGAAAAGAUCUUUUUAUUGGUUUUUCUUUAACCAUCUGCUUUACAAACUCAACAUAACCUGUGAUUAUAUUAGAGUUGACUAACAGAUGACUCGAAUACGCCUGUCCAUUUGAUAAAUAUUCAUCCAAAUCAAUCAAGAGUGACCGUUUUGUUUGGGAGAAACUCGUGUAAGUUGUUUCCAAUCCCUGCACGAUCAAACAGAGUGAAAUACUUUAGGAAUAAAAAUCAUUUGGAUUAAACUAAACCAUGUCUUAUAAUUGUGGAUGUGGACUCCAAAAAGAUUUCAGUAUUGUCAUGAAAUGUUAUCAAAACAUGUAAAAUGGAGAAAAGACUUCUGAACAAAAACACCGUACUUAUACAACACUUACCCAUGACUGAAAAUGUUACUUUAUAGCUUAACAUAAAAAAACGAGAAGUCAUAACCUGUAUUGAUCAAAUUGUGAUCAAGCAUUACCUUAUAUUUUCAUUUAAAAAAAAAUGUAUAUUGUGAUGUAUAUUGAUGUGGACAUUGUUCUGUUAUAUUCUUGCUUUGAUUGCCCACCCCUUUCAAUUUUAAAUGUAGAAACGCACAGUAAUCCGUUAUUAUUUAUUUCUCAAGUAAAACACAGGGUGGAAUGUGCAUUACUCGCAUAAACCUGAGUAGUAUUCAAGUGCUAUUGUGAUUUAAACUUACGUUUUCAAUAUCCAGAUGAAUUUUUUUUUCGGAACUGGAAGGAAUUACUGAGUGAACCUUGAAACGCCUGCUUAGUUUAACAAACAGACGUGUUGAAAACCUUGCAUUUUUAAUUCUCCUAAUUAGUUUAAAGAAAGAAGAAAAAAAAAAAACGACUGAAAUGAUCAAAAGAUCCCUGAAUUUAGAGGUUUAAAAACCGUUCUCUUAGAGGGAGCUGACAGUGAAAUAGCGGUGUAUAAAAUGUAUAAUGAAUUAUAAUCACAUGUAAGUGUUAUGCUUAAUGUGCCUGUAGAACCCAAAUGUUUUGAUGAUUGUGAAAUCAAAUAGCCAUUGUCAAAGUAAAAUGUAUAACUUUUGUUCUUUUUUUAUUGUGUGAAUAUAUUAUUUUGUAUUGUUUACAAUUAAACGUACCCAAUCCCUUUGUGAUGAUAAAA